AUGGACGGGGUCCAAGCCCUGGAUGAGAAUGUGAGAAACGCACCAGGGCGGCGAUUCCCUACACACAGGCUCUUGCUGGUGGCCGCCGUGGUCCAGGGGCUGGGGCUGCUCCUUUGUCUCACCUACAUCUGCCUGCACUUCUAUGCUCCUCAGGUGCCCCCUCAGUAUCCUCCAAUUCAAAGGAUCAAAGCACAAUUUACCAGCUGUGACAGUGACAGAGGAUGCCUCCUCACAUCCUCAAGUGAGGAGACCAUGACAGUGCAAGACAACUCGGUCCCCAUCAAAUGUGAUGGGUUUUAUCUCAUCUCCAUAAAGGGCUACUUCUACCAGGAGAUCGACCUCAACCUUUAUUACCGGAACCUGGAAGUGCUCUUUUCCCUGAGCAAGGUCACAUUUGUCAACUCGGUCACCGUGGCCUAUCUGGGUUACAAGGACAAAGUCUACUUGAAUGUGACCACUCAUAAUAUUUCGUAUGAAGACAUCCAGGUGAAUGGUGGGGAGUUAAUUCUCAUUCACCAAACUCCUGGUGGCUACUGUGUUGAAUGA